ACCUGCUCGAAGCUGAGAACGUGCUUGCUAGCAUGACUGCAGUCAUGUCCGCGGAGAUGUUUGGAGAAAGACAGAUCGCCUGGAGUGAGAUCGUGCGACGGCACGCUGCCGGGACGGAACUGGUGUCGCGCCUGCAGUGCCAGCAGCAGACGGCCGAAGCUACACAGCUGACGCCCCAGAGCCUCCUCGGCAGUCCCUUGGCUCCUGCUCGUCUGCCUUCGCUGGAGGCCGAGCUUAACACCCCGCCUCCGAAGCAGAUGGACAAAUGCGACAAACUGAGCCCCGGUGAGUAG